CUCCGCCUCCUCGCUCCUCAUCCACUCCCACUCCUACAUCCUGAACAUUUCCAAUAGCACACCCCUCACGCCUCGGCCUGGGGACAGAGAACAGAGAGAAAGAACCCAGGCAGCCCCAGGGGGAGCCCCGAGUUAGGGGCCUGGUCCCAACCAUUUCCCCACACCCCUAAAAUGCCAGGCUCUCCCUCUUUUCUCCUCCCUCUGCAUCCAGGCCAGGGAGGCUGGGCUAGCUCAGGCUGUGGUGAGAACCUUGUCCACGCUGGAGGGGCCUGCAGGAGUGCCUGGCUCCCAGGGACUAGGGGCACGGGGUCCUGGUGGCUGCUGCGCUCUCACCCUCACUCAGCCUUAGGUCUUGGCCUGGGCAGAAACUUGGUGCUUGGUCCUGGUGCUGCCUCCUGCUUGGAGCCCCCAAAAUGGAAAAUACGGGGUGUGGGCUUCUCUGUCCCUUGGGGGCCAGUAUCACCUGCCUGGGAUCUGAACACACGAUGGAAGGCCAGCUCGGAGCGCAUGAGGCAGGUGCACAGGCCGCGCUGUCCUCGUGGCCUGGCCUUCUACCUCUGCCCAGCCUCCUGGCCCUGCCCUAAGCUUCUCCCCACAGGGGGCUCACUGGCUUCUGGUUCGGGUCCCAACCCAGCCUAGUGGGGACCUGCUGAUGGUGGACUGGGGCCCAGUGCAGACCCUGAGAUGCAAGUCCCCAAAAGCAGCCUAGAGUCUUCUUCCCUCCACGAGGCCUGGCCGCAGGAGCGGGCUUCAGCCCUCUGCCUCCCCACUCAGAGCAGAGUCCUUCCCUGCCAAAGCCCCGCCCCGAGGGCCCCCACCUCCAGCACAGUCCUUGUACUCACUCCAGGAGAAGCUUUCACUGAGGUAGAUCCUUGGCUGGAGGUUGGAGCCCACUGGGGAGCUCUGUUGCCUGCCUCUUAGUGGCAAGAGCUUGCACAGGGGAUGCUGUGGCUCCCAGCCUGCUCCUCACAUGUCCUCACUGCCAAGGUUCCCUUUCAGUUCGGCUUGCCAGGGCCCCCUGGGCCUCCCGGUCCCCAGGGCCCCCCAGGCCCCAUCAUUCCACCCGAGGCGCUGCUGAAGGAGUUCCAGCUGCUGCUGAAAGGUAGGGGUGUGCACCGGCUGGGACACACACCCCCCGCUGUGAGCAGGGCCUGGGAGGGUGUCCCGAGGAGCUAACAGGGCCAACCUCAACACUUCGGCGGGCACCCAAGGAGGCACCUGCUCUGGGCUGGACUCAAGGACAGUGGAGCUGGCCAGGUCCAGUCUCUGCCCCAUCUUGGCCCAUGUCUGCCAAGGGUCAGGGCUGGGGAUGGCUGGGGGUUGGGAACCAUGGCCAGGAGAAGGCUUCACAGAGGAAGGUGGACCUGGCCACUCAGUAUGGCGGGUGCUCAGGGACCAGCGCCUAUGCCCUGCCUGGAAGUCAGGAGAGCCCAGUGAAAGGCAGAGGCUAGUGUAUGGGGCAGCACCAGGUGGAGCUUGGCCUGGCACCCACAGUCACCACUGGCCAGGGCUGGGGCAGCCUGCCCUGGAGGAGGCAGGGCUGAGCGGAGCCGCGGAGUCCACACUGAGGCCUCCUGCGGAGCGGCGGCUCACAUUAGUCAUUAGAAUUGAGCCGUUUUUUCCUUUUAGUUCAAUGUCUUGUUCGUUUAAAUAUAGCACCUUCUGCGCUGAAGAACCUCCUUGUACUUCCAGUAAAGCUGCAAUCGCUUAUUUUACCCCCAGCGUCUUUGGAAAAUGUGGGUGGGGUAGAGGUGAGGCUGGAGGCCAAGGGCGCUGGGGCACUUCUGCCCGAGCUUCCCAAAUCUGGAGGGAAACGGGAGCCGCUGCAGGGUCAGGACGCAAAGACUCCGAGGCCCUUCAGGCCGAGGGGGCGUCGGCCUCGCCCCACCCCUGCGCCCGGCAGGCCCCUCGUCUCGCUAGCACCUGUGGUUCAGGGCUGGACCCACGCGGCGGGCGGGUGAGGGGUCCCUGGCGCGCGGCCACCGCUCGCUCUGUGCCAGGCGCGGUGCGGCAGCGGGAGCGCGCGGAGCCCGAACCCUGUACGCGUGGCCCCGCCGGGCCGGUCGCUGCGAGCCUCGCCCCGGUCUCGGCCACCGCCGGGGAGGACGACGACGACGUGGCGGGGGACGUGCUGGCACUGCUGGCCGCGCCCCUGGCCCCGGGGCCGCGGGCGCCGCGCGUGGAGGCCGCUUUCCUCUGCCGCCUGCGCCGGGACGCGUUGGUGGAGCGGCGCGCGCUGCACGAGCUUGGCGUCUACUACCUGCCCGACGCCGAGGGUGCCUUCCGCCGCGGCCCGGGCCUGAACUUGACCAGCGGCCAGUACAGGGCGCCCGUGGCUGGCUUCUACGCUCUCGCCGCCACGCUGCACGUGGCGCUCGGGGAGCCGCCGAGGAGGGGGCUGCCGCGCCCCCGGGACCACCUGCGCCUGCUCAUCUGCAUCCAGUCCCGGUGCCAGCGCAACGCCUCCCUGGAGGCCAUCAUGGGCCUGGAGAGCAGCAGUGAGCUCUUCACCAUCUCUGUGAAUGGCGUCCUGUACCUGCAGAUGGGGCAGUGGACCUCCGUGUUCUUGGACAACGCCAGCGGCUGCUCCCUCACAGUGCGCAGUGGCUCCCACUUCAGUGCUGUCCUCCUGGGCGUGUGAGCGGCCACCACAGGCCCUUCCUCUCAGGGGCAAAUGGAGCACAGAUCUAGACAAUGUGUGGACAGUGUCAGAGUAGCAGUGGCCACAUGGAGGAGGAGGCCCACCCGGAACUCUGCCCACACUGGCCACUGCAGUUCAGCCCACAGAGCCACUGCAGGCAGGCCUACGGACGUGACACGCACGCUGGUGGUCCCGGAGCCAGGGUUGAUUCAGGACACCAUCUUGGGCUCUUAUCCAGGAAAGAAAGAGUCGGCGUGCCUGGGGGCACCUGCUAGUCCCCAGCUGCAGGCCGACUCUUUCCUGGCCUGCUCAGCACCUGCCCAGAUGGCCUCUGCAUCUUUCCUGUGCCCAGCCCCACCUUUUCCACCUCUCUUCAUGUUCUCAUGGAGUGCAGAGCGCACCAGCCAGGGCCCCUACCUGGGAGAGGGUCAGCUGACGCAGGGCUGAGGGGGCUGCCACAGGGAAGUACGCUGUGUGUUCUUACUGCUUAGAAGGGACGGGGUCACUCACCACUCCCCUGGUCUCCAUCUGGGCUCCUUGGUCUUCCCUGCCCCUCCCCUAACCGUGUUCUACCUGCCAGUGGAGCUGAGCACUGCCUAGCCUGGGCCAGAGGGACACUGGACAAGGGCCUUUGGGGGACAGUAAGUCUGGGCCCAGCUUCUAGUUCUAAUGUAUGCAAGAUUAACUCACAAAUUCACCUCAGAAGGCCUUUCCAAAUGGGAGCUCCACUCUUCCUUCCUCUGCAAAUCUUUUCACGGCCAAGGCCCCUUCCACCCUCUCCAGAGGUGGAUGAGAUCCCUUUUCCCCCUCUCCUCUGAGGUGCUGACUCACUGGUAGGAGCCACCCACCAGAGGAAAGAUCUAGAACGUCUUUACAGAUUGGAGACAGCCGGGCCUGCUGAUCCAUCAUCCGAAUAGCUGAAGCAGAGUCUUCCACCAGGGGUGCCAGGGCCUGGCUGGGUCCAGCGGCUCUGGGAUGAGCCUCCCAAGCAUCUUUCCCACUUGGGUGGCCAUGCGGCGCUGACAUUGGACAGGUGGUGGACGAGAGAUGGUCCCAAGAAAGGGUGGUCUUGGGAGGGCUGGUCCCAAGCCUGCUGUGCUCCUGCGGCAGUGAUGGGGCCUGGGGAUGGGGACGGCAGCUCUCAUGAGGACACACAGGCUGUGAGCCCGCAGCCUCCUCAAAUGUAGCCUCCCACAUUUUCCCCAAAGUACAGGACUGUCCCAGAGUAGGUAGUGAAGAGGACAAGGCCCUCGGCAGCGACCUCCAGGGCCUCCUACCUGCUGAGGAAGAGUUAACCCACUGCCUCCCCACACAACAGGGCUACGAAGAACCUGGUGCCUCAGGACCUCCUGGGAGCCAAGCUGGUCUGGCAAGGGCGCUCAGGCCUGGGAGAGAAGGGAGCAGUGGCCAGUCACCUUCACCUUCUAACUAACUAGCCUCCGGAUGAGGUGGCUGCCACCAGGCCCGAAUGAUCCCCAGGAGCCCAGCUUCCAAACCCCAACACCGAAUCAAACAUCUCCAUCCCCAAGUGCAGUAACACACAAAAACCAAACACUCUGCCCUGGGAAAGGCCUGGUGCGAUUCUCAGUAGGACUCACACCCACCCUACCUAGAAGUACUGGGCUGGCCUGGGUACUGCAUCCGUGUGUUUUGAUAAGGGGGUGAUGUGGCCACGCCCUUAUCUAGAUUUCACUUUGUAUCCACUGGGCACAGAUAUUCUAGAGAACUUAUCUUUCACUCUUGUAAAAGCCACAUAUCCACAUCUCUUUCAUUUUCUCAGUGUGUUAUGCAGCAAUUUAUUAAAGUAUUUAUUGUCUAAUAAA